GAAGAUUUCAUUCAAAUUUACAUUUCGGUAAUAUCCUUAUUGCGGACGAGGCAAGCUCUAUAGACGCACGUAUUUCCGAUGUUGGUCUUCAUGGUCCAGCUGAUGAACAACGUUCUCCUACUGAUUACUACGGAAAACUUCAAUUUACUGCCCCCGAAAUUUUAAGAAAAGAAAAACCAGAAGAGACUAAAAUUUGUAAAUUUUAUCAAGCCGCAGAUAUUUACAGUUUUGGUAUCAUCAUGGCUAUGUUUUCCACUGGAAAAAUGCCAUUUUCUGAUAGAAAAGAUGAUGAGAGACUUUCCGAAGAUAUCUGUAACAAAAAUUUGCGUCCAGAGAUUUGCAAGGAAUUGAUGCCACAAGUAUAUUACGAAUUAAUGACAAAAUGUUUGAGUUCAAUUCCGGAACAAAGACCUAGCGCCAAUGAAUUAAAUCUAUUAUUGAGAAAAUGGAUUUCUGAACUUGGUGACAAACCGAAUUUUUCGGAAAUUGCAUUUCAAUUCCAUGAAGCCAAUGACAAAAAAUGGGAACCGACUGUCAUUAUAUCGACCUCGUAA